AUGGAUGCCGCAUCUGCGCACUCGGUCGACACACCAUCAGCCGGCUGGGACGCAUUCCCUGUCCCGAAACAACCACCCCGCCAUGCUGAACCGACUUGGGCUCGGCUUCCUCUCCCUACCGCGGCCGGCCAGUUCGCUGUUCCAAUCCACGAGAGGCGCGCGAAUCCAAGCAGCGCGACUUGGACCUCGUCCAGCGGGGAUUUUGCUGACCUCUCCGAUGCCGACGACCUCGAAAUCCGAGAUGAGUUUGUGCAGGAGUAUAAUCGGGUCGCAAAGAAGCCAGGACAAUCCCCAUUACAACAGCGACCAGGUUGGUUCUCGCGCACAUUCCUGCGCCAGCCUUCGACAGCCAGCGAUGGCAGCUCCACGAAAUCCGAGAAGAAAAUCAAGACCAAGCGCAGCAUCAGCGACUUGGCGCUACGUGUCGUGAACGGGACAAAGAAGGACGGUCUCCAGGACGAGGAUCUUCAGUCUCUUGUCCGCCUCUGUGGCAAGAGUAAACUGUACCUGCCUUCGGAAUACUCACCCUGUUCCCUCGUGCUCCCCACGUGUUUCCGAGCCACUGCCCAAUACCUCAUACAGCAUGUCAAUGCGCUCUAUGCCCACUACUGCGCCGACGGUGAUCCGGACGACAUCUCCAAUACCAUUAGCUGUCCCAAUUUGCCAACGCACAUCAAAACCGGGCCACACGACGUCGCUUCGACUUUUAAGCGCCUCCUGUCUGGUUUACCCGGAGGAAUCUUGGGGUCUCUGUCUCUCUUCGAUGCAUUGGUUGCCAUCCACAGCGAGUUGAAAGGGGGACCGGAGUUUCUCAAGACGAAGCAGACCAAAUUGAGGGCGAGACUCAUAGCCCUGGCUAUCGGCACCGUCAAGUCUCGGCUCCGCCGCGAUUUAAUAUGCGCCGUAUUUGGUCUGCUCUGCCUGAUCGGACGUGCCGCUGAGAAGGCCCCGCGAGAGGACGAGCAUGGGAGACCGCUGCCCACCUCUGACCUAAUGGGAUACAACGCCCUGGGGAUAGUCUUCGGCCCGCUGCUCGUUGGGGAUAUUCUUAAUUCGUACACUAUACAGGCUGUCGACACCACUCCCGGGCCGGCGCUAUUUUCGGCUACACCCCCUAAUGUAAGUCCACUCGCCCGAGAAGCGUUGAAAAAGCUAACUCCAUGUCUCGCAGGUGUCGAGGCAUCGUUGUUAUCGCCUCCUAUGGAAGAGCCGUCUCCGGCCGAACACUCGAGGCUUAAGGGCCUUGACGGUGCUGACAGCCGGCAAAGUCAUCACCCUCAAGCAAAUCAUUCCGCCCCAAUUACAGAGAAUUUGCGUGAGACGCCGAAAACCCCGAACCGGAAGUCAGAAGGGUUUCAAGGGUGGCAAAAUGUUGAGAAUCGACUCAGAGCGACUUCGAGGGGGGCGAAUCCGUUCAAAAGGAACCCAUUGAAGGAUGGCGCAGCAUCAGAUGCCGAUCGUGGUUCCCAGAAGGAGGAGAUAAGAACCAAGAAGACAUUGGAAGAGAAAGUAUCACAGAAUACACUACGGUCAACACUUAGGACGUCGCUUGACAAUGAAGAUGUACAUGGAGACAAGUCUAGGGUGGACGUAUUUGGGCUCGGGCGUUCACGGCUGGCAGCAUGGAGAUCGAAACGCAAGUCUCUUGUGUCUACGGGGCCCGGAAGCCCUGUGCCUACUCACUCGCAUCCAAGAAAGGCCAGCGGGGAGCGAACUGGGUCGGAGAGCUCAAGGGACCUUUUAUUGAACCAACGGAAGACGGAAUCAAAAUCAUCUCCAACAACCAGGCAUCAGGGAGAUUCCAUACAAGGACACGGCGGCUUCUCGAAAGAUCACGUUGACAAUACUCCAUUACGAGCCCUUUCCGGCAACACUGUGACACAAAUCCACUCGCUCGAAGAAGAGAAUUUACGGCAUGGCACAGGGAUUUUGCAAGAAGACUCGUCAAGGGACGGGGACAAGAAGACGUUCCACUCGGGAACUCGCCGCUCCUUUCCUCUCGGUCCCAGACCAGACCCGGGCCGGCCAUUGAUAGCUACUGUCCCCCAACCGAGGCCGACAAAGCUGGAUGGCAAGGCGGUCAAGGCCAUGGCGGCUAUGUUUGAGAGCGCCGCCAAGGACCUGAACUCGCUCCCCCCUUCCACAGAAAAUAUCAUCCACCAAGUCGACUCUAGAUCGAGCGGCAUGAUUUCGCCCUACACGGUCAACCCCCCGUCACCCACUAAGUCGCCGAGGCCGAUAGACCCAGUCAUAAUCAAUCGGCACGCGUGGGCGUCAACAGGCAGAGACCGGCGUUCACGGGUAUUGGGACGGGGAGAAGUCUCCAGGUCUAACAUACCUAUCCCGUCGAGAAAUCGCGGACCACGGCCGCCCGGACGAGCAAGGACACCAAAGCAGUUGAGUUCCGUAUCUCCAGGCUUAACCACGGGGCCUUCCGCAGAGGUGAGCGAGUCUCUCGUUUCGAUGACACCUGAGACCGUGCAACGCGUCCACCGACAACAGCCCAGCGUCGUCAUAUCCGCCCCUCUCCCCGAGCCGCAGCUAAACCAGACGACCCCAACCCCAAGCCCCCGGCUCAAGCCCAUCAACGACCGGCUCACAGACCACCAUCCACCCUCAGCAGAGGAAGGCGAUCCCAGCCCAGCCUCCACCACCCGCCGCUUCCCCUUACUCCCCACCCCCGAGCAACGGCACCGAACCGCGUCAAAAAGCUCGACAAGCACCCCAGCGCAGGAAAUUUCCACUCCCACCUCCGCCUCCAGCCCCAACCCUAGCCGCAGGCUACUCUUCCACCCCACAAGCCCCAGCACCACCACCAUCACCACCACGCAUGCCACCGCCAUUGAACCCAAUCCGAUACCCCCAACCGACCACCGCCUCGCGCACGCGCACGCGCAUGAGCACGAGUCCGACUCUGACCAUAAUCCUCCUCGCCCCGGUCUCUGGGCUGGUACCGCCGCCGCCGUCGACCUGGCUGCCGACUUGGCUGUUGUGAAAGCGCGAUUGUGCCAUGUGGAGCAGGAAUGUGUCAUGUGGAGGGGCAGGGCGGAGCGAGCUGAGCGGAGGGUGGAGGUGUUGGAGGGCCGGGGUGGUGGUGGUGAGGAGGGGGAGGGGGAGGGGGAGGAGGGGAUGAUGGUUUUGGGGGAUGGGGGUGGGAUUGUGGGGGUUGAGAAUGGGGAUGGUGAUGGUGCUGAAUUUAAACUUAGGUCUGGGUCUAGGUCGGGUGCUCUGUUGGGAGGUAGGCGUGGUGAUGGAAGCGUGGAGCCCGUUUGA